UCUUCUCUACAAACCGAUGUCUGAUAUAUCAUAUAGCAGUUACAGUCACCGGAUAAACAUUCUUCCCGCCUCAAAGCUCUCCCCGCCAUAUCCUAACCAUAGCUUCUACCUCACCUCACCUCACCCCACCAACCCCAACCCCACCAUGGGAGGCGACGACUACUCCUCCGCCAUCGGCGGCGGCCUCAAGCUCAAGGGCUCCAAACCCUCUGGCAUCAAAAAGAAGAAAUCCAAGUCCUCCAAAUCCUCCUCCGCCGCCGCCUCCACCUCCACCACCCUCACCAAACGCCCAUCAUCCGCCUCCCCUCCUCCCCCCACAGACUCCAAAGACACACCCACCUCAGCAUCCGCAAAAGAUGAAGAAGACGCGCUCUGGCGGCAAGUCGAGGAGCGCGAGCUAGAGCAGGAUUACAAGACGCCGACGGAGAAGAGGCAUGAGGAGAUGAGGAGGAAGAGGUUGGAGGAUCGGUUGAAGAGGGAAGGGGGGGGGAGGACGCAUAAGCAGAGGGUGGAGGAGUUGAAUAAGUAUUUGAGUGGGUUGAGUGAGCAUCAUGAUAUGCCGAGAAUCGGACCGGGAUAACAGGAGGAGGGCGGUGGUUAUGUUGGGGGCUGUUGCGCGCUGGCUGUGCGAUGGAGUUUGUGGGGGGGGGUUAUGGACGAGGGGCGCAUCAUGAGGAGUUUACCUUGUAUUGGGGGAUUAAAAACAUGGAU